GGGGUUGCUCGCAGGUCCAGAGUCAGUUUUCUGAAGGAGUCUCAGGUUGAACAUGAUAGCUAAACACUCACAAUUCUCAUAAAAAAAUGUUUUUUUUUGUUUCUGUUUUGAAUUUACUGCACCAAUGGACACUGCCAAAAAGUGUCCUCGUAGUUUAUCAUUGACCUGCAGUGGACUGUGACCUGUCCAGGAUGCACCAUGUGACCCCCAAACGGGACCAAGUUUCUUUUUAAAUGGAUGGGUGGAUCCACAGUUGCUGUACUACGGUGAAUGAUUGAAGUCAUGGAAAGCUGCAGGAGCUGAUCUCAGACCUGCUCAGUCCGUCUCUGUUCUGCUGUGACGAAGAUUCAGAGUGACGCAGACUCAGAGGACGGAGAAGCAGCAGAGGACUUCCUCUCCACAGAGUUCUUCUGGACAGCAGAAGAAGUAAGCCUCUUUGCUUUCCAGAGUGUUCGUGUUCCUCUUCAUCAAGGCUGCUGCUGUGUGCUUGUUGCUGCAUCCAUGUGGAGAGAUGAAAGUAGAAUAUAUGUGUGAGCUGAUGUGAAUCCAGCAGCAUGGAUCUGAGUGAGGACAGAGGGGAGGCAGCCCCUCUCUCUAUUAGGGCUCUACGACAAAAGCGUGAGAGCCAGAGCAAAGCUCAGCGGAACCAGCCCAGACUGGGAUCCAGCUCCAGCAGUGGGUCACUCAGAAGUGACCGUUCCAAGGAAGAUGGUCCUGACUUCAAGGAAAAUACCAAGAUGUCACCCAAGAGGAACCAGCCCAGACUGGGAUCCAGCUCCAGCAGUGGGUCACUCAGAAGUGACCGUUCCAAGGAAGAUGGUCCUGACUUCAAGGAAAAUACCAAGAUGUCACCCAAGAGGAACAGCAGACGAUCCAGUCCAAGCAGAGAGAGGGCUCCAGAAGAAGGUGACAGGGAGGAGCACCUGAACUCACGACCUCUUAGCGGUCAGUCUGCACACCAGGAUCAAACUCAGCUGGACUCCAUAUUUCUGGUUUGUUCAUGUACAACAACUAUGCUUCCAUCCAUUUUGCUCUAUGCUGCACUUCGUAGACCAGUGGGUUUUUUUAAGCUCAUUUAGAAGCCUAUAAAAUUAUAAAAAUCAAAUAGAACUGGGGGUUUUCACAUUUUUGCCGUCCGUAAGACUAAGGUCACAUAUCCCACAUGCCACCAUGCAAUGACCAAAUGCAGGUUUUUCAGCAAAUUCAGCGAGUGGCUGCACAGCGGCAUUUGUAAUCUGGAGGUGGCAGCCACAUUUUUACAUGCAGAAGUUUUGAGAAAAAGUAAAAACUUUACAGCAACCAGACAAUUUUCUUUAAAAGUUGAUGUCGGUCAGUGGCCACCUGGGCACAUUUUGAGGAUCCACGUUGGUAGUCUAGUGAACUAGGGGUGGGGCUGGGUUUAGAUAAAUUAAAGAAGUGUACACAUACUAACCACUUGCUUCUUCUUAGUAGAAAUGGGGUCAUAUUUUUAAGUUAUUAACUUACCCAUUAUGGCAAAAACAGAAUAAAAAGCUCUAUGAGAAGCGUCUGUUGACCGCCGUGAAAAAUGUGCACCUGGUGUGAAUUGUAGGAGAGUGGAUACAGCGGCACACUCUGCUCCGCAGCGUAAGACUUAUUUACAGUAGCGGUUUCAGCUUGGGGCGCCAACUCGAAGGGGGCGGCAGCUGAGCGCUUGGAGAAAAAAAAAUCUGCGCUGCUAUGGGUUUCUGUUACCUGUGAGAUCACAAUGUUUUGAACGGGCUGAAAACCAGUGAAUUGGCGCCCCCAGCAGGUGCAUGCGCUCCCGUCGCCUGAGAAUGAACUGAUAACACUUAUGCUGCACAGAAUAGUGUUGUGUGUCCUGUUUUCAAUUGUAAUUAUAGUAAAACAUGGCCGUUGAGACA